AUGCGAUCCGCCGCGCGAACAAAUGUUCUUGUAAAGCUAGAGGAACCCUCAAGCGAUCUUUCGGACCCCCCUGAACUGCUGCCAUCACCGCCGUCUACAUCCUUCAAAAGUUAUUUAGCGAAGUACCAAUACGCAAAUGGCUCAACGAAGGAGAACGAUGCACCCAUGCUUACAUCACCUCGAGCGACAACAAAGCGUCCACGCACUACCACGGUCACCACCAAGGCAAUAUCACCAACAGCAGCCUCAUCAUCGUUGUCACCUCGCCCUCGCAAAAAGCAGCGGAAAUCUAGCAAGUAUGCGGAUCCCUCUAAAUAUGCUCACCUGUCCCCGCUGGUCGAUAUCCUAGAACCAGGCCUGAUAGGCGUUUUCGUCGGCACCAAUCCCGGUGUCAGCACUGCUUUGCAUGGACACGCAUACGCACACCCAUCGAACCAUUUCUGGAAGCUUCUGCACUCCUCAGGCCUUACGGAUCGGCGAUUGGCGCCUAGCGAAGACAGAAGCCUGCCGACGAAGUACUGUGUGGGCAACACGAAUAUCGUAAGCAGGCCGUCCAAGGAUGCGGCGGAGUUGAGCAAGGAUGAGAUGAGCGAGGGCACGAGAGAGCUGGAGAGGAAGUUUGCAGCGUUCAGGCCUGAGGCGGUGUGCAUUGUGGGCAAGGGGAUUUGGGAGGCGAUUUGGCGAUUCAAGUAUAGCAGGAACAUGAAGAAGGAGGAAUUCAGGUACGGGUGGCAGGACGAGAAGCAUAACAUGGGAAGAGUGGAGGGAGAGGCGGAAUGGGUUGGGAGCAAGGUGUUCGUCACGACAAGUACAAGUGGGUUGGCGGCAAGUCUGAAGCCGGCGGAAAAGGAAGCGAUCUGGAGACCGUUUGGACAGUGGGUGCAACAGCGGCGGGAGGAGAGGAACUUCGUCCCUGGCCUGACAGAGGAGGCUGUUGUCAAGGAAGAAGUAAAAGAAGAAGAGGAACGAUGA